GACUUCCUUCCCGAACGAAGAAUGAAAUGCAGCUCCGGGAAUUUCCCGGGCCCGGGGGCUGCCAGCUUCGCUCCCUUAAUGUGGAUAAAAAGGGUUCGUCCGCCUCCCGGAGCCACAGAUCGUGCUCAGCCAGCUCUCCCGCUAGCUCUCGCGCUCCAGGCACUGCUGCCCAGACCCACGGAGUUGAGCACCAUGGCCCGCACUGCGACCGCUGCCGUUUCCUGCGCUCCUGGACUCCUUCGGGCUGCGCUGCUGCUCCUGCUCUUGGUCACCUCCUGCCAGCACGCUGCAGGUGAGACUUGGAGACCUGGGAUUCCAAGAACGGUACGGGGGACGACGGGUAGGUGCCCCUGGGGGACAGCUCCCCUAACCGAGUCUGUUGUCCCCAAAGGGGUUCCCGUGGGCCAUGAACUACGUUGCCAGUGCGUCCAGACUUUGCAGAGAAUUCCCUUCAAGCUCAUCCAGAGUGUAAAAGUCACACCCCCAGGAGCCUCUUGCGACCACACGGAAGUCAUAGCCACGCUCAAGAAUGGACAGAAAGCUUGUCUCAACCCUGAAGCCCCUGUGGUUAAGAAUAUGAUUGAAAAGAUGCUAAACAAGGGCAGCACCAACUGACCUAGAGAGAAGCAGCUCCUGGUGUUGGCUCCUGAAAGGAGGUCCCUGCCCUGAGGGGACUGAAAAUGAAGAAGGGACCCAUGACUCCCUGCCACAGACACAAAGGGAUUACUGUGCUUGACUUUUUUAUUGAUCUGAGGUCUAUUUAUUUAUCUGUGUAUUUAUUUUUGAAAGCCUGUGUUUUAACAUUGUACAUGUUAGUAUUUAAAGGUGUGGAAGGUGUGAAUGUGUUUAACUGAAGGUAACUCAGUUCUGAUUGUUAUUUAUUUGAAGAUGUUGGAUUUUAAGUGUCUCAUUAAACUAAUGUUUAUUGGGAGACCAUUAAGUGCCAGGCACUGUGAUAGAGGUGGAGAAGGAGCUACGGGGGAGGGGAGUCUAAGCAAUUGGACAGUGAAAUCACUUACUAGGGUCAGGGAAAGUGUGUGCACAUCUACUUUUGUACUUGUUUAGAAGAAUGUUAUUUAUUCUUUAUUGAAACCAUUUCACAUUAAGUGGUCAACAUUUUUCUGUUGAAGCUUCCCUUGGACAUUUUAUGUCUUGCUUGUAAGGCAUAAUGCCUUGUUUCAUGCUCAUUUUGCCAUGAUUUCUUUGUCUUAGAACAGAGAAGGUAAAACUACUGUUACAUUUUUACAAAUGACAUGAAAAUAAAAGUUUUGCAAAAUAUAACAUGUUUA